AGCGACGAAAAAAUGCAACUGAAGCCAUUAAAAUGUAGAAUGUAGAAAAUGUCCGCGAAGUAUGAGGUUGGAAAGGAUACGAAGCCCCCACCCACACCUCCCAAGAAAAAGAAGCAGCUCGGAUGGUUCUCCCGGUACAUUCUCCGGCGCAAGCCGCCGCCGGACACGCCGCGAACGUACGCCGAAGCAGCGGUGAACACCACGGAAUUCCUGCUCGACCGGAAGAAGGUGCGACAGGCGCUCGCGGUAUCCAACCUGGCCCGCGACCUGCAACCCAUCCGGAAGAUCUUCAGUGCGUGGAGCACCUGGACGCGAGAGAAGAGAAGGGACCGCCUGCAGUACUACGGCGAAAGUUUGCAGGAGAUCAAACAAGCGAAUUACGAGGUGCGGAUCGUCGAGCUGUUGCGCGAGCGCGACUCCUUGCGACAACAGGUUGAGGAGUACGAAAAGCGGGAGAGUGGUGCGAAAUUUUUGCUCGCGGUAGAACUGCCGGAAGAAGUUCUUGCAGGUAAAAGUCUCGACGACUCCGGGGGUCACAUGGUCACAACAACGUCACCCAGACAUCGGAGGAGAAAUCAAAAUGAGGAAGUCAAUUCUAGUACCCGUCAACAGCUACUCGCAACGGACAUUGGCACCUGUCUCGCCUCCACCAUCGCAGCGGAACAGGCGGUCGCCCAGAUUUUUCCGCGCGUUCCCGAGGAAGAGGACCGGUCACUGUGGACCGCGCCGAGGAGGAUAGUGGAGCUCGGGAAAGUGUUCAGCGCACAGGGAAGUUCCGCAAAUUCGAAGCUGGAAAAAUUGCACCUUUCCGGCCCGCUGCGCUUGGAGCUGCUAGGUCCGGAGACGUGCGGGUGGAUGAGUUUGGUGCUGUCGGGGUCCGAUUGCGUGGUGAAAAUGUCCGAGCUGCGCGGCGAGCAGAGCAUUGACGUGCGGGAGGGCGCGCGGUUGGAGGUACUCUCCUCGGACGCGGAAAAGGUUGCGGUGUCCCGCGGCGGCCGGUUCUUUGCGAAGCAGUGCUUCAUCCGAGGCGACGUGACGCAGUACGACCCCAGCUCCUGUUCUGAGUUUUCGGACUGCAACUUUUCCGCGCGGGUGCAGAUUUUGGAUGGCUUCUUCCGCGCGACGAGGUGCAAAUUCUUGGACGAUCGGAGGCGUGUGGACAAAGGAUUUAAUUCUGCUGGAGAUCACAACGCUGAAGUAGAUCCAGCGGAACAAACGACUUCUCUCAGCGCGGACGGCAGGAUUGUUUUGUACGUUUCCUGUGCGAGCUCCUCUGCCACCGCUGCACUGCACGUUCUGGAGCUGUUUCUGUUGGUGCUCCGGCGGUGGUGGCUCUUGCCAAAUGGCGAAGACGACGCUGCGAAUGUCUCGCCGACCCGGUCGGUCGCCUCCGUAUCUCCGAGGAGCCAACAAAACUUCCGAAAUUUAUCGCCGGAGAUGUUAACAACUGCAGGAGCAACUACUGUGAGUCCCCGGGGGGUCCACCUGAACAGGAACAAAUCGCUUCGCCCGAAAACCCCCGCCGCGUAUCGGCAGCGCGUCCUGCGGAACCAGAAGGUGCGGGAAUUUGGCGCCGCUGCGCUCGAGUGGGUGCCGCAUCCCUGUUGCCGUCGAUCGUGUUUGUGCGUCGUCGAGCAGUGUCUGUUUCAUGGCAGAGUUUUGGUGAAGGGGCGCGGCGCUGGGCUGUUGCUCGACGAGGCCACCACCAGUCAAGGCGGCGUGCAUCUGCAAGACGAGGCGGUACUGAUCGGCACGGGGGACAACUUGUGGGAAGCCGGGGAGACGGAAUUACCCGCGGAGAGGCUGUGGUCGCUGGAGAAAGUCGGCGUGAACAACAACAGCCCGACAAACAGUCCGCGUGCAACUAUGUGGCGCACGCCACGGAACCUGUCGCCGCGAAGGAAGGAAGAUGAAGAACACGACGGUGUCGAACGCCGCCUGCAGGGAAAAAAGGACAACGUCAAUCAAAUGGAUACAAAAACAGUUUCGCCGUCGCUCGACGACUCGCUGUUGCGAAAUAAAUCCUCGAUCGGGGGCAACACCACCGUGCUCGAGAGUCCACCUCCGCCUGCGCACCACAAGAGCGGUCUUUUGGAUCGCAGUCUCGACACGGUGUCGUUUGCUCUUGAGCAACAGGAACGAGCAUCUCCAACGCACUUGGUGAAGAGGCACAACCUGCUGCCUCACGUGCGCGGUGACCGGUCGACGCGGUUUCUGACGGUGUCGGAGGCACUCGGGGUGGAGGCGCAGCUGCUCAGCUCCAGCAGCAAGGUGUUCGGCACGACCGCGGACGCGGUGGGGUUCUUUCAGCGGCAAGCGCGAUCGCCGUCGCCGAAGCUGACCACGGCUAAUCCACUAGAGGAGACACCGCUACUGCCCGGGAAGGCGAACAGGACCAUGCCGCGGGAGGCCCCGGCAAAGGGUAGUUUCGAAGAGCUCAUGCUUUCCUGCAAAAAACACCAGCCGAGGUGGGCGGCGGAACUUCAGGGGAGUUAGUGCGAGGUGGUAGCCAGGACAUCAGAAAAAAUGCACUUCUCUAGUUCCCAAAUAAGUAAGUUUCGUGUGGUUUCCGUUUCAGAAAUGGCAUGGUUCCGCUGGUCGUAGUACUCUAUCAAUGUAUGAUUCGCCUUCGUUUCAGCUGUUGGCGCUGCCAAAAGCAGAAGCACAAAUGAGUACUUACAAGAACAGCAAGAAUCGACAGCGGAGCUGCUUGCGCUUUGAGCAUGUGUCUAAGAAAGGA